AUGCCAGCUGACCCUGGGCCCGAGGUGGGCAGUGGAUGGCCGGGCCUCCUCAUGUCCUGCCUGAAAGGCCCCCAUGUCAUCCUCAAAAUGGAGGCCAUGAAGAUUGUCCACCCUGAAAAGUUCCCUGAGCUCCCGGCGGCCACCCCUUGCUUCCCACCUGCACCCAGGCCCACUCCCACUCUGGCACCCAAGCGUGCUUGGCCCUCAGACACAGAGAUCAUUGUCAACCAGGCAUGUGGGGGGGACAUGCCUACCUUGGAAGGAGCACCCCACACUCCACCCUUGCCAAGGCGGCCCCGCAAGGGCAGUUCUGAAUUGGGCUUUCCCCGGGUGGCACCAGUGGAUGAGGUCAUUGUAAAUCAAUAUGUGAUUCGACCUGGCCCAACAGCCUCUGCACCUUCAUCAUCUGGGCCAGUGAUAGCAGGUGAGCCCCUGGAAUGCCCCACCUGUGGGCACACAUACAACGUCACUCAGCGGCGGCCCCGUGUGCUGUCUUGCCUGCACUCUGUGUGUGAGCAGUGCCUGCAGAUUCUUUACGAGUCUUGUCCUAAGUACAAGUUUAUUUCAUGUCCCACCUGCCACCGUGAGACUGUGCUCUUCACUGACUAUGGCCUGGCUGCACUGGCUGUCAACACAUCCAUCCUGAGCCGCUUGCCACCUGAAGCCCUGACUGCCCCAUCCGGUGGCCAGUGGGGGGGUGAAUCUGAAGGCAGCUGCUACCAGACCUUCCGGCAGUACUGUGGGGCUGCAUGCACCUGCCAUGUGCGGAACCCACUAUCAGCCUGUUCCAUCAUGUAG